CGCGGCUCCACCGCCCACGCCCCUUCGCUUCAAGCUUCAUUCAGCUUCGACAUCUGCAUUCCAUCCGCUUCGUCUCAGCCAUCGUCCAUCCCUCACGUUGCCAUCGACUCCCAACCGCCAAGACCUGCGACUAUCUGAUCUAGAUACGCUCUCUUUGGCCACCGCAUCCGCAAUCCGCAUCCGCUAUCCGCAUCCGCAACAGCGACACGGGACGAUCGAAUUAGUUUCUGGCGAAUGGGAUGACCGCAACACCGAGCGGGCAGCAGCACCAUGUCGGACGCGGAAUUUGAGCAGAUCCGGAAGCUGCAGGCCGAGCGCAACGCCGCCGCCGCAAAGAAGGGUUCUCGGACCUUUGACCCGGCCAACCAGCGUGCCGAUACCUCCACCAAAGCCAAGCUGAACGAAGCUUGGGAUACGGAUCUGUACGAUCGCGAAAAUGGGGGUGAUAAGUUCGCCGGCUACCACCGCACCCUCCCCGUUGCGGGCGAGGACGGUGACGAGGAGAUGCCCGAUGCCGACAACUCGCGUCGCCUAGUCGGCCAGUACACCGCCACGCGCGCCCAGAUCGACGAGUUCGCUCGUGGCAACGGCGUCGAGGAGGAAGACCCGCUGGCUGGCCGCGGCGAGCGCAGCAACCGCAUCACCGACCGUGAGACCGACUAUCAGAAACGCCGCUUCGACCGAGCCCUGACGCCGACGCGCGCGGAUCCUUUUGCUGUCGCCCAGGACGGCGCGGCCGAGGGCGAGACCUACCGCGCUAUCAUGGAGCGCCGCGAGCUCGAACGAGAGGAGGAGCGUGUGCGUCGCGCCAUCGAGCAGAAGAUGAAGGAAGGGCCGGUCGAGGAGCACAAGCCGACGCUCAAGGAUUCGGCGGAUAAGGAAAACGGGGAUGCGGCAUCCACCGAGGCCGCGGCCGGGCGGAAGCGCAAGAAGAGGUGGGACGUCUCCUCCACCGAAACAACCGGGGAGGCUGCGCCAGCACCGGCCGAGCCCAAGAAGAAGUCGCGGUGGGAUCAGGCGCCUUCGGUCCCCGUCAUUGGCGCUGCGCCGGGGGCGGAGCCCAAGAAGAAGUCGAGGUGGGAUCAGGCUCCGUCCGCGACGCCCAUUGGCAACGUGGGCCUGGCUACUCCGAUGCACCCGUCCCAGGUGCCCGUGCUUCCCGCCGCAUUCGGCUCUGACGCGUCGAGCCGGUACAUGCCGCUCAGCGACGAGGAGCUCGACGCGAUGCUUCCCGGUCCUGAAGAGGGCUACAAGAUCCUCGAACCCCCGCCGGGCUAUGCGCCGGUACGGGCUCCUGCGCACAAGCUGGUAACGGCACCGACGCCGGCGACGGGGUUCAUGAUGCAGGAUCCUAGCAGCGGGCGCAUCACCGGCCAACAGAUACCCAAGGAGAUCCCUGGCGUCGGUGACCUGCAGUUUUUCAAGCCCGAAGACAUGGCAUACUUUGGAAAGCUCACCGACGGGGCCAACGAGGACGAGCUCAGCGUCGAAGAGCUCAAGGAGCGGAAGAUCAUGCGUCUCCUGCUCAAGGUCAAGAACGGCACGCCCCCGAUGAGGAAGACGGCCCUCCGGCAGCUCACGGAUAACGCGCGCAACUUCGGUGCCGGACCCCUCUUCAACCAGAUCCUCCCGCUUCUCAUGGAGAAGACGCUCGAGGACCAGGAGCGCCACCUGCUCGUCAAGGUCAUCGACCGGAUCUUGUACAAGCUGGACGACAUGGUCCGGCCCUACGUGCACAAGAUCCUGGUGGUCAUCGAACCGCUGCUCAUCGACCAGGAUUACUACGCCCGGGUCGAGGGUCGCGAGAUCAUCUCCAACCUUGCCAAAGCCGCGGGCCUUGCCACCAUGAUCAGUGUCAUGCGGCCCGAUAUCGACCACGUGGACGAAUACGUCCGGAAUACCACCGCUCGGGCAUUCGCCGUCGUCGCCUCUGCUCUGGGCAUUCCCGCCCUCCUCCCCUUCCUCCGGGCUGUCUGCCGUAGCAAGAAGUCAUGGCAGGCGCGCCAUACCGGCGUCAAGAUCGUGCAGCAGAUUCCCAUCCUGAUGGGCUGCGCCGUCUUGCCCCAUCUGAAGCAGCUCGUGGACUGCAUCGGGCCCAACCUCAACGACGAACAGACAAAGGUGCGGACGGUGACCAGCCUGGCCAUCGCCGCCCUGGCCGAAGCUUCGAACCCGUACGGCAUCGAGAGUUUCGACGACAUCCUCAACCCGUUAUGGACCGGCGCCCGGAAGCAGCGGGGCAAGGGCCUGGCCGGCUUCCUGAAGGCGGUGGGCUACAUCAUCCCCCUGAUGGACGAAGACUACGCAAACUACUACACCAGCCAGAUCAUGGAGAUCCUCCUCCGAGAGUUUUCCUCGCCCGACGAGGAGAUGAAGAAGGUCGUCUUGAAGGUCAUCUCGCAGUGUGCGGCGACCGACGGCGUCACGGCCGGCUAUCUGAAGGAACACGUCCUGGACGAGUUCUUCAAGAGCUUCUGGGUGCGGCGGAUGGCCCUCGACAAGCGCAACUACAGGCAAGUAGUCGAGACGACGGUGGACAUUGGCCAGAAGGUCGGCGUCAGCGAGAUCCUCGAGAGGAUCGUGGGCAACCUCAAGGACGAGAGCGAGGCCUACCGCAAGAUGACGGUCGAGACGGUCGAGAAGCUGGUGGCCUCGCUCGGCGCGGCCGACAUUGGCGAGCGGCUGGAGGAGCGGCUGAUCGACGGGAUCCUGCAUGCCUUCCAGGAGCAGAGCGUCGAAGACAUCGUCAUGCUCAACGGGUUCGGCUCCGUCGUCAACGCGCUCGGCACCCGCUGCAAGCCGUACCUCCCCCAGAUCGUCAGCACGAUCCUCUGGCGCCUCAACAACAAGUCGCCCACGGUCCGGCAGCAGGCGGCCGACCUCGUCUCGCGGAUCGCCAUGGUCAUGAAGCAGUGCGGCGAGGACGCGCUCAUGGGCAAGCUGGGCGUCGUGCUGUACGAGUACCUCGGCGAGGAGUACCCGGAGGUGCUCGGCUCCAUCCUCGGCGCCCUCCGGUCCAUCGUCACCGUCGUCGGCAUCAGCCAGAUGCAGCCGCCCAUCAAGGAUCUCCUCCCGCGCCUCACGCCCAUCCUCCGGAACCGGCACGAGAAGGUGCAGGAGAACACGAUCGACCUCGUCGGGCGCAUCGCCGACCGCGGCCCGGAGAGCGUCAACGCGCGCGAGUGGAUGCGCAUCUGCUUCGAGCUGCUCGACAUGCUCAAGGCGCACAAGAAGGGCAUCCGGCGCGCGGCCAACAACACGUUCGGCUUCAUCGCCAAGGCCAUCGGCCCGCAGGACGUGCUCGCGACGCUGCUCAACAACCUGCGGGUGCAGGAGCGCCAGUCGCGCGUCAACACGGCGGUGGCGAUCGGCAUCGUGGCGGAGACGUGCGCGCCCUUCACGGUGCUGCCGGCGCUGAUGAACGAGUACCGCGUGCCGGAGCUGAACGUGCAGAACGGGGUGCUCAAGUCGCUCUCCUUCCUCUUCGAGUACAUCGGCGAGAUGGCCAAGGACUACGUCUACGCCGUCACCCCGCUGCUCGAGGACGCCCUGAUCGACCGCGACCAGGUCCACCGCCAGACGGCCGCCAGCGUCGUCAAGCACAUCGCCCUCGGCGUCGUCGGCCUCGGCUGCGAAGACGCCAUGGUGCACCUGCUCAACCUGCUCUACCCCAACCUGUUCGAGACCAGCCCCCACGUGAUCGACCGCAUCGUCGAGGCCAUCGAGGCCGUCCGCAUGGCCGUCGGCCCGGGCCUGGUGCUCAACUACGUCUGGGCCGGCCUCUUCCACCCGGCCAGGAAGGUGCGCACGCCCUACUGGCGGCUGUAUAAUGACGCGUACGUCUGGGGCGCCGAUGCCAUGGUGCCCUAUUACCCGAACCUGACGGAGGAAGGUAUCGAUCGGACGGAGCUGGCUAUCGUGCUCUAGAACGUUGUUCGAUGGUUGGGGUCGCGCGCAGUGUUAGGGGGGGCGGAAUGGCCGGGAUCCGGUCGGGAUGGGAUGCGUCUAAAACAGAGCAAGCAGGCAGGCAGGCAGGAAAUAUCAGUUUAUCUUUUUUUUCUUUCUUUCUUUGUGUGUUUGGGUGCGUGUUGCUACGUCCUGAAGUAUUAAUUGUGCGCGCUGUGUGUGUUUGGGUUCGGAUUGCAAAAGGCUCAAGACGUGUGUGUAUAUUCCUUCCCAUUAUCAAGAGAGAGCUGUAUAUGAUGAUGUCUUGGAUAAUUAAGGAGUUGGGUUUCUUGUUUACACUCUGACGCUGUUUCUUUAUCUUCCUGAACUUCCAAGCUCUGCGCCGCCAGGGGCAAACCACUCGCG